AUGGCGGCGCAAAGCGAAUUCCGUCCGGUGGACCCCACUGUCUGGCGAGCAUGCGCCGGGAAUUUCGUGCAUGUUCCGGCGGUGGGCUCCAGGGCUUAUUAUUUCCCGCAAGGCCAUGCAAAUGCGAUCAACACCUCGGCGUCUCUGAUUCAAUCCCAGCCGUUCGUUGUCUGCCGCGUUCUGGGCGUUGAUUACUUGGCCGACAUGGAGACUGAUGAGAUUCUGGCCAAGAUUCAGCUCUUUCCGGUGGAGUCCGAGUCGGCCGAGUCGACUCAGUCCGAGUCCCCCGAGUUGACUCAGCCCGAGUUCGCCUCCGUCGUGAAGGUGCUGACGCCGUCCGACGCGAACAACGGCGGCGGGUUCUCGGUCCCGAAGUCCUGCGCCGAAACAGUGUUCCCGCCGCUGGACUUCGCCGCCGACCCGCCUGUGCAGACCCUGAUGGUGAAGGACGUGCUUGGUGCAGUGUGGGAGUUCCGCCACAUCUACCGCGGGACGCCACGUAGGCAUCUCCUCACCACAGGCUGGAGCAAAUUCGUCAACGCCAAGAAACUCGUCGCCGGGGACUCAGUCGUGUUCAUGCAGUCCAAAAGGAGUCAACAGAAUUUCGUCGGCAUUCGCAGAGCCGCCAAGGCCAAAAACGUGGCGUCCACUAGUCGCUGGAACUAUCUGGACUUGAAAGAAGGAGAGGAGGACAAGAGUGCUGAGAAUGCGGUUAAGCAAGUGAUGGAGAAGGCUGUGAAAGGAUUAGGGUUCGAGAUUGUGUAUUAUCCCAAAAUCGAUGUUUCUGAUUAUGUGGUGCAGGCUGAGAGGGUGGAGAGUGCGACUUUUGGCGUGGACUGGAUGAUCGGGACUCGGGUCAAGAUGGCGAUGGAGACGGAGGAUCUGUCGAGGAUGACUUAUAUUCAAGGGACUGUGUCCAAGAUUCAUCAAGUAGGUGGAGUACAGUCUCCAUGGAAAAUGCUUCAGGUUACCUGGGAUGAUCCUGAAGUAGUGAAGAAUGUUAUGAAUGUGAGUCCUUGGCAAGUGGAAUGUGUGUCACUACUGGAGCAGUCAGAAGUCCCUGCUGCGAAGAGAAGUAAACUUUCUGUGGAUGCAGGGUCGCCGCUCCAUAGAGAAGGUGCAGUCAUUCCAGGAGACGGUGAAAUUUUUGAGGAUGCAGGGUUACUGCCUGGCAGAGAUGGAGAACUUUUUCCAGUGACAAGGUCAAGUAGUUCGGUGGCAGAGCCCUUUAACGCGGACUUGAACCCAUUACUGAUGAACGCUGGUUCCUAUCCUGGGGGGAUACAGGGGGCCAGGCAGGAUCAUAUAUGUGUUUCAGGCAUCUCCAAUUUCUUUCACGAAAACACACAUCAAUUUGACAUUACCUUUUCUGUUUGCAACAGGUCUCCAGUAACUGAAGCUGUUUAUACUGAAGGGGAUACUGUGAGUAGCUCAUCGGCUGAUCCUCCCAAGGAAAUCCAGUUCUUCGACAAUGAGGCAGUUGGAACACAAGGCUGCAGUGAUUCACCCAAAGUCGGUAUCAACUCAUUCCAGUUGUUUGGUCAGAUCAUCCACCUGUAA